AUGACACCGGAAGAUGGUAUUACAUCUAUCAAAGACGCCUCGGUUCUUGACCGUAUCCAAGGUCAAUCGCUAUAUCUCUCCACAUUAUCUCAAACUGGCUAUUUCACAAUGCCUGUGGGUGGAUUGGCGACAACGUCGAUUCCCACUCCUCCAUUCGCUAUUUCAUCUUCGGUUUCAGCUUAUCCUGUGUUCUUCGCCUCCCCGACGCCCUCCUCGUUGCUUUCUUAUGCAUCUGCCACGGCUCAAACCAGUGCAGAUAAUAUUGUAUGUCCCGAUUGUGUGAUUCAAGCUGUCCAAGUAGCUUCGGCCGUUUUUGCCGGCGAACUCGAUAAACGUAUUACUUGUCUUCACGAACGUUGUGUAUCCGGUCCCAUUCACCCUAAAGCGCCUAUCAAUACCCUGAAAAACGCCGUCAACGCCAUGGCUGCUCAUUUGCAACUCAUGGCCAAAGAAGUCAUGUAUGUUGCUCACGAAACGGCCGUCAAUGGCAAUCUCGGGGUGCAAGCCCAAUGUGUCGACGAAAUGAAAGGUAUCUGGCGCGACUUUGUCGUCAACCUGAACAGCAUGACCCAAAAUCACUUGGAACAAGUGCGUGACAUUGCCGACGUUUCCAUGGCUAUUGUACGUGGCGACCUCAGUAAAACAAUGACCGUUCCUGUCAAGGGCGAAACGUUAUUACUCAAAAAUACAUUCAAUCUCAUGGUGAACCAACUUAAUGUAUUUGCGUCGGAAGUAUCGCGUGUAGCACACGAAGUCGGAACGGAAGGCAAAUUAGGAGCGCAGGCCAAGGUCGUCGGCGUCGACGGUAUCUGGAAAGAACUUACAAGUAAUGUCAAUACGAUGGCGGCCAAUUUAACCAAUCAAGUCCGCGAUAUCGCUCAAGUCUCCAAAAGUGUCGCGCGCGGUGACUUGACCAAGAAGGUCACAGUGGAAGUCAAAGGUGAAAUGCUGGAUCUGAAAAAUACAAUCAAUACCAUGGUGGAUCAGUUAUCGAUUUUUGCUACCGAAGUUACACGUGUAUCUCUAGAAGUAGGAACUGAUGGUAUUUUGGGCGGACAGGCCGUAGUCAAGGACGUGGCGGGUACAUGGAAAGACUUGACAGAUAAUGUCAAUAUGAUGGCCUUUAAAAUUACGAUCCAAGUCAGAGAUAUCGCAUUGGUAGCCAAAGCAGUCGCCUGUGGCGAUCUCAGUAAAAAAGUCGUGGCCAAUGCUCAAGGCGAAGUUUUGGAACUCAAAAACACCAUGAAUCGAAUGGUGGAUCAAUUAACGUUAUUCUCGGCCGAAGUUCGACGUGUAUCGCUAGAAGUGGGUGUCGAAGGCAAACUCGGCGGCCAAGCCGUGGUAAAAGACGUCGGUGGCGCAUGGAAAGAUCUAACAGAUAAUGUCAAUACAAUGGCGGCCAAUCUUACCACGCAAGUGCGAUCCAUUGCAGCCGUCACCAAAGCCGUGGCGCAAGGUGAUCUUUCAAAGAAGAUCGAAGUUGAAACACGCGGCGAAAUUCUCGAUCUAAAGAAUACAGUCAAUGACAUGGUGGAUCAGUUGCGGGUUUUCUCCACCGAAGUUACGCGUGUGGCGAAAGAAGUCGGUACCGAGGGUAAACUUGGCGGGCAGGCUGUCGUACCGAAUGUCGAUGGUACCUGGAAAGUAUUGACAGAUAACGUCAACACCAUGGCCACCAAUCUCACCACCCAAGUCCGAUCGAUUGCUGUGGUUACUAAAGCCGUAGCGAACGGAGAUCUGUCCAAGAAAAUCAUGGUGGAUGUACGAGGCGAAAUCUCGGACCUGAAAGAUACUGUCAAUAACAUGGUCGAUCAGCUACGGGUAUUCUCUGGCGAAGUAACGCGUGUAGCGCGUGAAGUCGGUACGGAAGGCAAACUAGGCGGUGAAGCGGUCGUGCCUAGUGUCAGUGGCACAUGGAAAGAUCUGACGGAUAAUGUCAACACCAUGGCGGCCAAUUUAACCACCCAAGUACGGUCCAUUGCCGCAGUGACCAAAGCCGUCGCCAAGGGUGACCUUUCCAAGAAAAUCGACGUCGAAACCAGGGGUGAAAUUUUGGACCUCAAAAACACGGUAAAUAACAUGGUGGAUCAGUUGAACGUGUUUGCCGCCGAAGUCACACGUGUGGCCAAAGAAGUCGGUACCGAUGGCAAAUUGGGUGGGCAAGCCAUGGUGCCCAAUGUCGACGGCACAUGGAUGGAUCUCACUGACAAUGUGAAUCAAAUGGCUGCCAACUUGACCACUCAAGUGCGUUCCAUCGCUGAAGUCACCAAAUCGGUCGCCAACGGUGAUUUAUCCAAAAAGAUCGAAGUCGAAACACGUGGCGAGAUUCUCGAACUCAAGAAUAUCGUAAAUAACAUGGUCGAUCAACUGCGCGUCUUCUCCGGCGAAGUCACUCGUGUGGCCAAAGAAGUCGGUACCGAAGGGUUGCUCGGUGGGCAAGCGGUGGUGCCCAAUGUUGGCGGUACAUGGAUGGAUUUGACCGACAAUGUCAAUCACAUGGCAGCUAAUCUAACCACGCAAGUGCGUUCCAUUGCCGAAGUAACCAAGGCCGUCGCCAACGGCGAUUUAUCCAAGAAAAUCGAGAUCAAUCCCCAAGGCGAAAUUCUCGAAUUGAAAAAUAUUGUCAAUAACAUGGUCGAUCAACUGCGCGUCUUUGCUUCCGAGGUCACGCGUGUGUCAAAGGAAGUAGGCACGGAAGGAAAACUCGGCGGUCAAGCCGUGGUUCAGGGGGUGGCAGGCACGUGGCAUGAGUUGACAGACAAUGUCAACAUCAUGGCCGCCAACUUGACAAAUCAAGUACGAUCGAUCGCCGAAGUCACCAAAGCCGUAGCCAAUGGCGAUCUUUCCAAAAAGAUUGAAGUCGAAAGUGGCGGCGAAAUCUUGGAACUGAAAAACAUUGUCAAUAACAUGGUGGAUCAACUCCGUAUUUUUGCGUCCGAAGUCACUCGCGUAUCCAAGGAAGUCGGCACCGAAGGCAAAUUGGGAGGUCAAGCGGUGGUGCAAGGCGUCGCCGGCACAUGGAAUGAGCUCACUAACAACGUCAACAUCAUGGCUGCCAAUCUUACCACACAAGUACGAUCCAUUGCCGAAGUGACCAAAGCUGUCGCUUUAGGCGACCUUUCCAAGAAGAUUGACGUGGAAACGCGCGGCGAAAUUCUCGAACUCAAAAAUAUUGUUAAUGACAUGGUAGAUCAGUUGCGAAUCUUUGCUUCCGAAGUCACGCGUGUGUCAAAGGAAGUCGGUACAGAAGGCAAGCUGGGUGGCCAAGCUGUCGUCAAAGGCGUCGCCGGUACUUGGUACGAACUGACGAGCAAUGUAAACAUCAUGGCCGCCAAUUUGACGAAUCAGGUCCGAUCGAUUGCCGAAGUCACCAAAGCAGUGGCCCUGGGUGAUCUUUCCAAGAAGAUUGAAGUGGAGAGCGGUGGAGAAAUUCUAGAGUUGAAAAACAUUGUAAAUAACAUGGUCGAUCAACUGCGAGUGUUUGCUUCCGAGGUCACCCGUGUAUCAAGAGAAGUAGGCACAGAAGGCAAACUCGGUGGUCAGGCGGUCGUCCAAGGCGUGGCCGGCACAUGGUACGAACUCACGGAUAAUGUCAAUCAAAUGGCAGAGAAUCUGACCAAUCAAGUCCGGUCCAUUGCUGAAGUGACUAAAGCGGUGGCCAAUGGCGACUUGUCCAAGAAGAUUGAAGUCGAAAGUGGAGGCGAAAUCCUGGAAUUGAAAAACAUUGUGAAUAACAUGGUCGACCAGUUGCGAGUGUUUGCUUCAGAAGUGACGCGUGUGGCUCGUGAAGUCGGCACCGAGGGUAAACUCGGCGGUCAGGCCAUGGUGGCUGGCGUGGCAGGCACAUGGAUGGAUCUAACAGAUAACGUGAACACCAUGGCGGCCAAUUUAACUACCCAAGUACGAUCGAUUGCUCAAGUGACCAAGGCCGUCGCCAACGGUGAUCUUUCCAAAAAGAUUGAUGUAGAAACAAGGGGUGAAAUUCUCGACCUAAAGAACACGGUGAACAACAUGGUGGAUCAGUUGCGAGUCUUUUCCGGCGAAGUGACGCGUGUUGCCAAAGAGGUCGGCACUGAAGGAAAACUCGGUGGUCAAGCGGUCGUCCAAGGCGUCGCCGGUACAUGGUACGAACUGACGGAUAACGUCAACAUCAUGGCCGCCAAUUUGACGAAUCAAGUCCGAUCCAUUGCCGAAGUCACCAAAGCGGUGGCUUUGGGUGACCUCUCAAAGAAGAUUGAAGUGGAGAGCGGUGGUGAAAUACUGGAUCUCAAAAACAUUGUCAAUAACAUGGUCGACCAAUUGCGUAUCUUUGCUUCCGAGGUCACGCGAGUAUCCAAGGAAGUGGGGACCGAAGGCAAACUCGGUGGCCAAGCCGUGGUUCAGGGAGUCGCUGGUACAUGGAACGAGUUGACGGACAAUGUGAACAUCAUGGCGGCCAAUCUCACGACCCAGGUGCGAUCCAUUGCUGAAGUCACCAAAGCGGUCGCGUCCGGUGAUCUGUCAAAGAAAAUUGAAGUGGAAACACGAGGUGAAAUCUUGGACCUGAAGAAUAUUGUCAAUAACAUGGUCGAUCAGUUGCGUGUGUUUGCAUCCGAAGUCACCCGUGUAGCCCGUGAAGUCGGCACCGAAGGCAAAUUAGGUGGUCAAGCCGUGGUGCAUGGUGUAGCUGGUACAUGGAUGGACUUGACCGAUAAUGUCAAUACAAUGGCGGCCAAUCUUACCACUCAAGUGCGUUCCAUUGCUCAGGUCACCAAGGCCGUGGCGAACGGUGAUCUAUCCAAGAAAAUUGAUGUUGAAACACGCGGUGAGAUUCUGGAUCUGAAGAAUACCGUCAAUAACAUGGUCGAUCAAUUACGAGUGUUUGCUGCCGAAGUGACGCGUGUAUCCAAAGAAGUCGGUACUGAAGGCAAACUCGGCGGCCAGGCUAUGGUCGAAGGGGUCGCCGGUACAUGGUUGGAUUUGACCGAUAACGUGAAUACCAUGGCCGCCAAUCUCACCACCCAAGUUCGCUCUAUUGCCCAAGUGACCAAAGCCGUAGCGCUAGGCGAUUUAUCCAAGAAGAUUGAAGUCGAAACCCGUGGUGAGAUUCUUGAACUGAAGAAUAUUGUCAAUGAUAUGGUGGACCAGCUGCGUAUCUUUGCGUCGGAAGUGACCCGUGUAUCAAAGGAAGUAGGCACAGAAGGCAAACUAGGCGGUCAGGCCGUUGUGCAGGGUGUCGCCGGUACAUGGAACGAACUCACCGCUAAUGUGAACAUCAUGGCCGCAAAUUUGACCAAUCAAGUACGAUCCAUUGCCGAAGUCACCAAAGCAGUCGCUUUAGGUGAUCUUUCCAAGAAGAUUGAAGUGGAGAGCGGUGGUGAGAUCCUGGAACUGAAGAAUAUUGUCAAUGACAUGGUGGAUCAGUUGCGAAUCUUUGCUUCCGAAGUCACACGUGUGUCAAAGGAAGUCGGUACAGAAGGCAAACUGGGUGGCCAAGCUGUCGUCAAAGGCGUCGCCGGUACUUGGUACGAACUGACGAGCAAUGUAAACAUCAUGGCCGCCAAUUUGACGAAUCAGGUCCGAUCGAUUGCCGAAGUCACCAAAGCAGUGGCCCUGGGUGAUCUUUCCAAGAAGAUUGAAGUGGAGAGCGGUGGAGAAAUUCUAGAGUUGAAAAACAUUGUAAAUAACAUGGUCGAUCAACUGCGAGUGUUUGCUUCCGAGGUCACUCGUGUGUCAAAGGAAGUCGGCACCGAGGGUAAGCUUGGGGGUCAAGCGAUUGUUCAAGGCGUCGCUGGUACCUGGAACGAGUUGACAGACAAUGUGAAUAUCAUGGCGGCGAACCUAACCACCCAAGUCCGAUCCAUUGCCGAAGUGACCAAAGCCGUGGCCAAUGGUGAUUUGUCAAAGAAGAUUCACGUGGAAACACGAGGUGAAAUCCUGGAUCUCAAGAUUACCGUGAACAGCAUGGUAGAUCAGCUGCGAGUAUUUGCUUCCGAAGUCACUCGUGUAGCGCGUGAAGUCGGUACCGAAGACAAUGUCAACAUGAUGGCCGGUAAUUUGACGACCCAAGUACGAUCCAUUGCCACCGUAACCACUGCCGUCGCUCGAGGCGAUCUUUCGAGAAAGAUUGUUGUUGAAGCCCAAGGAGAAAUCUUGCAACUAAAGGAAACCGUCAAUCGGAUGGUGGAUCAACUGCGUGUAUUUGCGGCUGAGGUCACGCGUGUGGCUCGAGAAGUCGGCACGGAAGGUAUGCUUGGAGGCCAAGCGACCAUCAUUGGUGUGGACGGCACAUGGAAGGACUUGACGGACAAUGUGAACCUGAUGGCCAGCAACUUGACGGACCAGCUACGAGCCAUUGCGGCGGUCUGUAAAGCUGUGGCUCAAGGUGAUUUAUCCAAGAAGAUUGAAGUCGAAGUGCACGGUGAAAUUGCCGAGUUGAAGAAUACCAUCAACACCAUGGUGGAUCAACUCAGUUCGUUUGCUUCCGAAGUGACGCGCGUGGCUCGCGAAGUAGGUACUGAAGGCAAGCUGGGUGUGCAAGCCCAGGUCAUGGAUGUCGAAGGUGUCUGGCGAGAAAUUACCAGCAACGUGAAUACAAUGGCAUCGAAUUUAACCACCCAAGUCCGUGCGUUUGCGCAAAUUUCUGCGGCUGCCACUGAAAACGAUUUCUCGCGUCUCAUUACGGUGGAAGCUUCGGGUGAGAUGGACUCGCUGAAGACCAAGAUCAACCAGAUGGUAGGAUCGUUGCGUGGCGCCAUUCGCAAGAACCGACAAGCCCGCGAAGCCGCCGAAUUAGCCAAUCGAUCCAAGAGCGAGUUUUUGGCAAAUAUGAGUCACGAAAUCCGUACCCCGAUGAACGGCAUUAUCGGCAUGACCUCGUUGACGUUGGAAACCGGACUCACCCGUCAGCAACGCGAAAAUCUGAUGAUCGUGUCCAGUCUUGCCAACAGUCUAUUAACCAUCAUUGACGAUAUUUUGGAUAUCUCCAAAAUUGAAGCCGGUCGCAUGACCAUUGAAAGCAUUCCAUUUUCGUUGCGUUCAGCGAUUUUCAGUGUGCUAAAGACGCUGGCGGUGAAAGCCAAUCAAAAGAAACUCGAUUUGAUCUACAAUGUGGAUAGCGCUAUUCCUGACCAGUUAAUUGGCGACCCACUGCGUCUUCGCCAAGUCAUUACCAACCUCAUUGGCAACGCUGUCAAGUUUACCACGCAAGGUGAAGUAGUCCUGCAAACACGAGUGGUGGAAAUGGAAGGCGACCACGUAAGACUCCAGCUCUGCGUCAGCGAUACCGGUAUCGGUAUCCAGGAAGACAAACUCCACGUUAUCUUUGACACCUUUUGUCAAGCUGAUGGCAGUACAACACGUGAAUACGGUGGUACUGGCUUAGGGUUAUCGAUCAGUAAGCAUCUUGUGCAACUGAUGGGAGGCAAUCUGUGGGUGGAAUCGAUGUAUGGCCGUGGAUCGCAGUUUUACUUUACCAUGAAAUUGAAACGGUUCAAGACGGAAGACGAGGAAGUUUUGGAAAAGAUGUCCCGUUUCCAAGGUCGCCGUGUGUUGUUUUUGGACAGCAUGGGUGACGAUACCGGCAUGAUGAACAAGAUUACGCGAUUAGGUCUUCAAGCUUUCCGGGCCGAAUCGAUCGAAGAAGCGACAGAUAUGGCCAAUACGAACGCUGGCCGCAGCAAGCAUGCGCCCUUCUUUGAUUCCGUCAUUGUCGACAAGAUGACCCACGCCGAGAAAAUCCGAGAAAUUGUGCAUUUGCGCUACACUCCCAUUGUUUUGAUUGCUCCGGAAAUUCUACUGCUGAAUAUGAAGUUGUGCAUUGAUCUCGGUAUCACCGGCUAUAUCAACUCGCCUCACAGUCUGGCCGAUUUGGCCGAUGCACUUUUACCUGCUCUUGAAAGUCAUGCGGCUUUACCGAGCGAUGCGGCCAAGAGCGUGCCUUUACAGAUCCUGUUGGCGGAAGAUAACGUUGUGAAUCAAAAACUAGCGGUCCGCAUCCUUGAAAAGUUUGGUCAUCAAGUGAAAAUUGUACCGAAUGGUAAACUGGCCGUGGAAGCGUUUGAAGCGCAGACAUUUGAUCUUAUUCUGAUGGACGUCCAAAUGCCGGUGAUGGGUGGGUUCGAAGCAACGCAAAAGAUCCGAGAAAUCGAACGAGAAUCAGGCACCGAUUCGCAUAUUCCGAUCAUUGCUUUAACGGCCCACGCCAUGAUUGGCGACCGCGAGAAAUGCUUACAAGCAGGCAUGGACGAAUACGUCACCAAACCACUGCGAUUCCCCGAACUCAUAUCUGCCAUCAAAAAAUUUGCACCUCAAUCAGCUCAUCUCAUGAACUAG